AACACAGUGCUUGUUGACAGGGUGGUCAACCUUUUUGUUGCUCUGGUUCUGUAGUGAUGUAAUGCAGAUGUUUUCCCAGGACACAAAACUGCCAGACACCUGGAACUCAAACACCUCCAACUGACAUGGCCCAAGAUCUCAGUGGGAAUUCUUCAAAAGCACACUCCCCCUCCCUGCCCAACACACACGGACACACACACACACACUGAGACACAUACUCAGACUUCGACUGAUUCUAUGACUCAGACUUCUCGAUGGCUCAACUGAAGCAGCAGCAGUGGUUAAGGUGCUCCCUCCAGCUCACCCUGAUACUUUGCCUGCGCUGCCCUGCCGGACGUGCUGCUCCUCAGGACGCCCGCUUCCACCCCACCCCUCAACAGGAGUGUGUUGGCUCAAGGCCUGAUGUCUGUGGAGUGUGUGCAGGCAAUGGCUCCUCCUGUGAGCUGGUCAGUGGAACGUUCUCACGCUUUGCGCUUUCUGUGGGGUACCAUAAAGUCCUGGAGAUUCCCUCAGGAGCGCACCGUAUCAAAAUUCAGGAGACCGUCAAGAGUAGGAACUACCUUGCUCUCAGAACGGCUACCGGUCAGUCAGUCAUCAACGGCGACUGGGCCAUCGAUCGCCCGGGUCAAUUCCAGGCUGCUGGGACUCAGUUCACAUACCGCCGGCCCAAUGAGAUCCGCAGUCGUGCUGGGGAAUCCAUCACUGCCCAAGGGCCACUGAAUCAGGACUUACAUCUCUAUGUGAUAUAUCAACAGCCCAACCCCAGCAUUAACUAUCAAUACAUUCUGCCAAAGCUCCACCUGCUGGACACAGAAAGCACACAUAAUUCAACACACUCUCAUAUACUUCCUCUGGUGGAGACUCAUGCAGUUGAUGAGAGUGACAAUCUGGUGCCCUCAAACUCAGUGACUCUCCCACUUUACACCUGGGUUGCCAUGACAACUACACCAUGCAGCUCCACCUGUGGCACUGGUAAACGUCAGAUAUUUUUUAGCUGUGUGGAGCGGGCGACUCAGACCACUGUUUCAGGAGACUUCUGUAAUCACAGCGUUCGCCCUGUUCCUCAAGAGGAGACAUGCUCCAUCCAACACUGCCCUGCUUUUUGGGAUGUGGGUGAGUGGUCUGAAUGCAGCAGGACGUGCGGUCUGGGUCUCCAGCAUCGUCAGGUGCUCUGUCGCCAGACUCAGGCUCACCAUGGGAACAUCACGAGCAUCAUAACCGUGGAGACGCAGCAGUGUGGCCACACUGAGAGGCCGGAGACGAGUGUGCCGUGUCAGCUGCAGAUCUGCAGUGAGUGGCAGAUCCGGACUGAGUGGACAGAGUGCUCAGUGCCUUGUGGGGUGGGCCAGCGCAGCCGAGAGGUGGUGUGCGUGUCCAAUCUAGGCGACGUGGACGCUGAUGACCAGUGCAAUCUAGCACUGAAACCGCCUCACCUGCAGAACUGUGACAUGGGACCUUGCGCUCGCAGCUGGUACUUCUCCACCUGGAGCCAGAGAUGCUCUGCAGACUGUGGCGUUGGCUGGCGCAGCAGGACGGUGGUGUGUGUGGACAGUGCUGUGAGUGCUCUGCCCCUAGAUGGGUGUGAGGGGGAGAGGCCAGCUGAGCUGAGCGCCUGUGACCUGGGCUCCUGUCAGCACAGAGUAGAAUGGUACACAGGACCCUGGGGACAGUGUUCGUCCGAGUGUGGCAGUGGCACGCAGAGUCGGGGUGUGCUGUGUGUUCUCCAGGGGCAGGGCCAGUUGGAGGUGACCUCUGAGACCAACUGCUCUCACCUGCCCCGCCCUCCUGACACACAGCCCUGCCAUCUCAGCACCUGCAGGACGCAGUGGUACCUAACAGACUGGAGCAGUUGCUCUCGCUCCUGCGGUGGUGGCUAUCGGGUGCGGGAGGUGCGUUGCCUGACUGAUGACCUGACCCCGAGUGAUGGCUGUGACCCCAGUUUGGCCCCAGAGAGUAGUGAGGAGUGCAACACACAGCCCUGUCAGCCUGAGAGAGAUGAGUCGUGCCAAGACCUCUACUUCAACUGUGAGCUGGUGGUCCAGGCCCAGCUGUGCGUGUACGACUACUACCGCACAACCUGCUGUGCAUCCUGCUCCCGUGCCAGCAAGAAGGACUCCCGUCACGCUUUAAGAUGAGCCCACAGGGAGAGGUCAUCUGACUCUUCACCCCACCUCAGUGCAGAGCAGCCUGCCCUUACAGGGCUGACGUGAAGGACAAGACAAUGCUCAUAGUGACCCGAGGCCAGUCUGCUCAGGGCUACUGCAUCAGAGCACAGCUAUUCUCAUCUGCUGGGGAUUGCACUGUGCUUUGCUACUCAAGAUCCUUACACAACAACAAGUACUGUAGGACUAAAUCAUAAAUAAUCAGGAUAGAUAUUCUUGGAAAAACUGA